CGUGCCCGCCCUUCCGCUUCCCUCCCGUCCCGGCGCUGCUGCCGCUCCGUGUCUCUGAGGGAAGGACGCUCGCGGGGCUCCCCAGCCGGCCGCCAGGAUGUCGUACAUGCUGCCGCACUUGCACAAUGGGUGGCAGGUGGACCAGGCCAUCCUGUCGGAGGAGGACCGGGUCGUGGUCAUCCGCUUCGGGCACGACUGGGACCCCACGUGCAUGAAGAUGGAUGAGGUCCUGUACAGCAUCGCCGAGAAGGUUAAAAACUUUGCUGUUAUUUAUCUUGUGGACAUCACUGAAGUACCAGACUUCAACAAGAUGUACGAGUUGUAUGAUCCCUGUACUGUCAUGUUUUUCUUCAGGAACAAACACAUCAUGAUUGAUUUAGGUACAGGUAAUAACAACAAGAUCAACUGGGCAAUGGAAGAUAAGCAGGAGAUGAUUGACAUUAUAGAAACUGUUUAUAGAGGAGCCCGCAAAGGUCGAGGUUUGGUGGUAUCACCAAAAGAUUAUUCCACUAAAUACAGAUACUGAUGUUUCUUUGGGCUGCCUUUUUUCAUAAUCCUAUGUCCAGUUAAAUUUAUUUCUGUGUAUGUGUGUACAUAUAUAUAUAUUAAAAUUAAAAAACCCUACAAGUCCUUGAA